AGAAAAAUCAGUCUUGCCAUGUGCAGGGCUAGAACGGCUCAGGGUUGUUCAGCAAGCCAUGAGUAAUUCACUCGAAAAGGAUCCUUUCGACGGGAUCACUAAGUCGCAUGUCGAAGAUGCCGCAUAACGAAGCAUUUAUUUACGUAUUGACGUGACAUUUUAAGUGACACUGUCAAAGCUAUCGGCGUCGAAAUAGAUUAAAAUUCCCUCAAAACAUUCACCGUAUAUUUGUUACUGUUACAGUUUCUGGUAUUUUUCUUUUGUUGUUAAAUACCGUCUUAAAAAAUUUUGUUUUUGAACAUUCGGCUGUUUCUGUCCCGAUUGAUCGCCCUGUCUCGAAUAAACGUACGCCCUCCCUUGAGGAACCAAAUGUAAGUAAGCGCCCCAGGCGCUAAAUCGAAUCAUCACGGUACUUAAUUAUUAUAAAUAAAACUUAAAGUUGUCGUAAAUCUCUGUGGGGCUAGUCCUUGCCAGUUUCAAACUCUUAACUAACGUGAAUCGGGAUAUGUUUCAUUGUGCCGCCCAAGGCAAGAGGCGCCCUCAAUUCUCGUGACGAUAAUACUGUGGAUGAAGGAUGGAAAUUUUAUCUGUUUCUGUUUUAUUGCUAUUUUUGAGAUACUUUUGCCAUCCUAUCCCGAUUCUUGGGCCCCUAAUUAGGAUAAAAACUGCUAACCUUGAUGAACAAAACAAAUUAAACUUACUAAACAAUUUGCAAUGAUGGUUGGAAAGAAAAAACCGGGGCAGACUGAAAUGCCUUUGACCCAACUACAACAACAAUCUUAGAACACUUAAUAUAGUUUAUUGGUUGAGCCUAGGGUUGAGCCUGUAAAUAAAAGCACGGCUUUUGGCGAAUCGAGUCCCAGUUAAAAGCCAUAGUGCUGACCGGGAGCAGUCUCUCUUUUCCUCGAAAAUCCGUGUGGAAGAAGAACGCUAAAUGAGUGAGGUCAGUGAGCGGUCGCGCUCGCGAGCAUGCGAGCGUGGGGGAACGUGAGAGGCUCCCGUGACUGCUCGCAUGUCAAACUCGCAGUUACGCUUGUUUUGCGUCCUUCCCCACGGAUUUUCGAGUAAAAGUCAAGAGACAUUGCUCGCCGUCUAAAGCGAUCAGAAGAUGUCUUCACGUAAUUCGGAGGAAGAAAACAUUCUCCCUGUCGAGCCCAGCGAUGAAGCCAACAACAACGAAAAGGAAGCCUGUGAUGAGGUUACAAAGAAGCUGGAGCACGUUCUUUUCUCGAAAAUUGUGAGGCUCAAUGUCGGCGGCCACUUUUUCUCGACCAGUCUAGCAACCCUGAAUAAAGAUCCAGGUUCCAUGCUACACGCUAUGUUUUCGGGAAGAUUUGACACAAAGCCAAGCGAGGAUGGAUCUUACUUCAUUGAUCGCGAUGGAACUCACUUCCGGUAUAUCCUGAAUUAUCUUCGCACUGGGCAGCUUAUUGUGCCUAAAGACGAGAUGGUGCGAAUUCGCGAAGAGCUACUGGCCGAGGCUGAAUUUUAUCAAGUUGAGGGGAUCAUCAGUGAGCUCACUGCGAGGCCAUUUAAGAAUUCAGUUAUUCUAUCCUCAGAUCAACGCGAAACCUUGAUGAAUUGGUUGAAGGAAACUCAAGCACUCAAUAACACCAGGGACAACUUGUUCUUUGCUUUGUUAUAUCGUGCUUCCCGUGAUGGCUGGGCUGCUGCCGACUUUCACGCCCGAUGCGACUACAAGGGUCCUACGGUGACAGUGAUCAAGAGUGGCAAAUACAUAUUUGGAGGCUAUACCGAGCAACAGUGGGAACAUACCGGUAAGCAUUUUAACCCAGCGUAUUUGAUUUAGGCAUACCAACAAAACAAGACCUUAGAAACUAAGUUUAUAUGUCACAAAAACAGCCUUGUCUUUUUUUCUUAGUUCCUGUGGGGAGCUCAGUGCAAAUUAUAUAUAUCUAAUUGUCAUGUUUUCUACUGCUCUUAAUUUCUUUAGAUUUUGAGAAUAUGACUCCUAGCAAAGUCGAUCGAACCCGAUCGAGCUGAAUUUCAAUCGAACUCAAUCGAACUCAAUCCAUGGAUUAAGCUCGAUCAGGAACAUGUUUCGAUUGAAUUCGGCAAUCGAACGAAAUAGAACUCGUACAAAAACAAUAGCUCAUAUUAGCAUUCUCAGUACUAGACUGGAACUAGCUUGCAACUGUCUUUUCAAAUGCACAUAGCAUUUAUCUCUUGUUGCCUUGUGUCCACGUGACUCGUUUGGUCACGUGGACACGAGGUUACGGAGUGAGUCGGUACCUUCCUUCCUGUGCAAGAAAAUCCUGUGUAACCCAUCUUUGCGUUGAUAAUGUAAUAUUCCUGUGAAGGGAGGUACAAAGAUAUGGCUUGGGCAACUUGCCGGUUAAUCAGCUUUGGCUACGAAAGGCAGGUAUAAAACGUAACUGAACUGAAUACAUGAUAAUACUUGUCUUUUGGUUAACAUCUUUUCUGGCAGGUAAUGUUCUCCCGUGAUAUCUGAUAUUGUUCACUAACUUCAUGCCAAGGGUUUAGAAAAGGGGUGCAGUGUUCUUAAGUAGGUAUGUAAAGGAGUAUCUUUUCUCGACGAAAGGUAUACGGAAGGCAUAGCUUUCCUGUCUGGACUUUGGGGCGGAACCUCCCCUUAUAAAACAUUU